CUCCUUUAUUAAAAUAAUUAAAUAAUAUACUCUGGUUAUAUAAAUAAGAGGUCAUAGUCCAAAAGGAGAGAGAUAUAGAGAGAGGUUGGUUAAGCUUAAUGAUGCAGGUAAAAGGAAUGGAGGCAAGGAGAGAUUUGCUGAUGAUGAAAAUGAUAAUGAUAAUGAUAAUAGUUUCUUCGAUGAUAGGUAGAGGAGAGGGGCAACUAACAGAGAAUUUCUACAGCUCUAACUGUCCGAAUGUGGAAGCUAUAGUGAAGCAGGUAGUGUCCACAAAGUUCAGGCAGACCUUCACUACAAUCCCAGCCACUCUUCGUCUAUUUUUCCAUGAUUGUUUUGUCACGGGUUGUGAUGCCUCGAUUAUGAUUUCAUCACCAAAUGGAGGUGCGGAAAAAGAUGCUGAGGAUAAUCUUUCCCUUGCAGGAGAUGGAUUUGACACCGUAACGAAAGCAAAGCAAGCAGUAGAAGCACAAUGCCCACAGGUGGUCUCUUGUGCAGAUAUUAUAGCCAUUGCUGCCAGGGAUGUUGUAGUCCUGGCUGGAGGUCCUUCAUUCAGUGUAGAAUUGGGGCGUCGUGAUAGCUUGGUAUCUCAAGCAUCACUUGUGGUAGGAAAUUUACCAGAACCAGACUUCACGCUUUCGCAACUUAACGACAUGUUUGGCAAAAACAACCUUAGCCAAAUCGACAUGAUUGCACUUUCAGGAGCCCAUACAUUGGGAUUCUCUCAUUGCAAUCGCUUUGCGAAUCGCCUUUAUUCGUUCUCUCCAGCAUCCCCUGUGGAUCCUACUCUGGAUCCAAACUAUGCCAAGCAGCUGAUGGAUGCAUGUCCUCAAAAUGUAGACCCUGUUAUAGCCGUAGACAUGGACCCAACGACACCGCGAAUCUUUGACAAUGUGUAUUAUCAAAAUUUAGUUGCCGGAAAGGGUUUGUUUACUUCAGAUCAGGUGCUGUUUACUGACCCUUCAUCGAAGUCUACUGCCAUUGAUUUUGCAAAUAGCGAAGGAGAAUUUAAUGGAGCUUUUGUCACAGCCAUGAGAAAGCUUGGUAGAGUAGGAAUCAAGACUGGUAACCAAGGACGAAUAAGAACGGACUGUACCAACAUUGAUUCUUGAUGCAAUUCAUCUAUUGCUUUGUUCUACUUGUAAAAUUUCAGUUAUGGUUGCAGGAUCAUUUAAUUAAUAAUCUGAUAAUGCAUAGAUGUCUAUUACAAGUA